AUGAACGGCAUUCAAGUUGAUAUCAACCAUUUGAAAAAAGGCGAAGUCAGUUUGGGCACCUCUAUAAUGGCCGUUACUUUCAGGGAUGGCGUGAUUCUCGGCGCAGACUCGAGAACUACUACUGGUGCGUAUAUUGCCAAUCGGGUCACCGACAAGCUUACGAGGGUACAUGAAAAAGUGUGGUGCUGCAGAUCCGGAUCUGCAGCAGAUACUCAAGCAGUCGCAGACAUUGUACAACAUUACCUCGAGCUCUAUACUGCUCAAUUUGGUGAACCAUCCACAAAAACUGCUGCUUCUAUUUUCAAAACACUAUGUUAUGAGAACAAAGAUAACCUGACAGCGGGCAUUAUUGUCGCAGGCUAUGACGAGAAAAACAAAGGUGAAGUUUACAGCAUACCGCUCGGGGGAUCUGUCCAUAAACAAAAAUAUGCCAUUGCUGGGUCUGGUUCUACAUUCAUCUACGGUUAUUGUGACAAGAAUUAUAAAGAGAAUAUGUCGAAGGACGAAACUGUGUCUUUCAUGAAGAAUUCUCUGUCGCAAGCUAUCAAAUGGGACGGCUCGUCAGGUGGCGUAAUUAGAAUGGUUGUUUUGACAAAGGAUGGUGCUGAACGUCUCAUUUUUUACCCUGAAGACUACGAGAACUUGUAG